CAUUGUUGGGAAGCUACAGUUCUAAUGAGCUUUUUCCUGCUCCUUUUGUUGGGAAGAUCAUUGAUUGGUUCCGUGGACGAGAAGCUAAAUUUGAGAGAGUUUUUAAUGAGAUCAACGCUUUGUUUCCAGAGGUUAUUGAUGAACACCUUCAUCCUGAGAGGCCUAAACCAGAACAAGACUAUAUUAUUGAUGUGCUUUUCACUAUCAGUAAAAAGCAAGUUGAAACUUGUAGUAUUGUCAUUGCCCAUGAAAACAUCAAAGCUAUUCUUUUGCAGGAAUUGACACUAGCUUAGUUAUAUUAGUCUGGACAAUGACAGAACUCAUGAAGAAUCCAAAAUUGAUGAAGAAAGCUCAAGAAGAAAUUAGAAAUCACGUGGGAACAAAGGAAAUAUCCGAGAGAGACUUAAAAAAGCUUCCAUAUCUAAAAUUGAUAGUGAAAGAGACACUUAGACUACAUCCACCAGGACCGAUUCUUCUUCCAAGAGAAAUCAUUUCCAAUUUCAAAAUUGAAGGCUACGAUUUUUACCCAAAAACAAUAGUUCAAGUGAACGUUUGGGCAAUUGGACGAGACCCCACAUGGUGGAUAGACCCAGAAGAGUUCAUUCCAGAGAGAUUUGCAGAGAGCUCGGUUGAUUACAAAGGACAAAAUUUUGAGUUCUUGCCAUUUGGAUCUGGUCGGAGGAUAUGCUCUGGGUUGAAUAUGGGAGUGAAAACUAUGGAGUUGGCUUUAGCAAAUCUUUUGUACCAUUAUGAUUGGAAGUUGUCGAAUGAAAUGAAAGAGGAAAACGUGGACUAAAAUAGAACCUUAGAACAUCAAUUUUGUGGAUGAUAGUCGGA